CGCUCCUCUUCUCUUUCCACUUAACCCUUUUCGAAAUGCGGUUUCCGCGGGGUUCCUCUUUCCCGUCACCCGCGACGACGACGAGGAGCCAUAUCAGACCCUAGAACUCUCCCACCCUCUUCCGAGGAAAGAAAACCCUAACCCUAAUGGCAGCCAUUUCUUCCGUCUCGAUCGCCUCGCUGCGGCAAGCCUUUUCGGAGAGGAGACCGACGCUAUCCGCCUCUGGAUCCUUCGGUACUCCUCUUUUCGGUGGCGUGCGUUGCAAACCCCCUAAGCUGGGCGCCCGAAUGGCUGUCCGGUGCCUGGCCGCCUCAAGCGAUGUGCCACCUACUGUAGCAGAAACAAAGUUAAAUUUUCUCAAGUCAUACAAGCGCCCCAUUCCGAGCAUAUACAAUAGUGUAUUGCAAGAACUCCUUGUACAGCAUCAUCUAAUGAGGUACAAAAGAACUUAUCAAUAUGAUGCUGUCUUUGCACUUGGCUUUGUGACUGUAUUUGAGCAGCUGAUGGAAGGAUAUCCUGGCAAUGAUGAUCGAGAUGCCAUCUUCAGUGCAUAUAUCCAGGCCUUAAAGGAGGAUCCAGAACAGUACAGAUGUGAUGCACAAAAGUUGGAAGAGUGGGCUCGUGCUCAAAAUGCAAAUACAUUAGUAGAUUUUUCUUCGAGAGAAGGAGAGGUUGAAGAUAUUCUGAAAAAUAUUUCUGAACGGGCGCAGGGUAAGGGAAAUUUCAGCUAUAGUCGAUUCCUUGCAAUUGGACUGUUUCGUCUACUUGAGCUGGCAAAUGCAACAGAACCAACAAUCUUAGAAAAGCUUUGUGCUGCCUUAAACAUAAAUAAACGAAGUGUGGAUAGGGACCUCGAUGUAUACCGCAAUCUUCUUUCAAAACUGGUUCAGGCCAAGGAGCUUUUGAAGGAAUAUAUUGAUAGAGAAAAGAAGAAAAGAGAGGAGAAAGUAGAAUCCCAGAAAGCUAACGAGGCCAUUACCAAAUGCAUGGGAGAUUUUCAUUAUGCAGGGCAAUGAUUCAGCAAAGUCAAUGUUUUGACCUGUUUUCCAAAGCUUUGCUCGGGGAAGCGUCACCUUGUUUUUCUUUGACCUCAACUGGAGCAAGAUAGAACCGUCAAGCUGCUUGUGCCAUAUAUCAGAAUAUUUCUCGCAUGUAAUGUGUGUCAUUUUGUACUUCAGAUAUCCAAGCAUCAUAUUUUUUUAAGCUGCUCCAUAUUCCAACUAUUGUUUCACAUCUGAAUGUGGCAUCGUAUUGCUGGCUUUACUAAUUGCAAUAUGCAAAAGGGCAUGUGAUCAAUGUUCUCAUAAGCAAUGCAAUUUUUCCCUUUGCUA